CCAAUCCAACGUUUCCAUCGCCACUCCUCUCUCUCUCUCUCUCUCUCUCUCUCUCUCUUUUCUCUCUCAAGAUGCCGUCGCUCCUAGAAGAUGAUGACGACCGCCACCACUCAUUCAGAAACGAUCCAAAACCAUGCAGAGAAGACCAAACAGAGCCAUUUCCAUUGCCGUCGCUUUCACAAUCGUGCCCAACAGACCUCGACGGCCACCUCCACUACCACAGCCUCGUCACCACCGUCAGAGGCCGACACGACAACUCCUACGUCUCCUCCCUCGCGGUGGCCGGGAAGUUGCUCCUUGCCGGCUCCUCAGACAAGGACAUCCUCUCGUGGGAACGCGCCACCUUGAUAAACCCCGACGAGGCGCCAAGCGGCGGGGACGGCGGGGUGGGGGUGGUGGCCGCGUGCGCAGGCACGGUGAAGUCGCUGGUGGUCGCCUCCGACAAGCUCUUCAGCGCCCACCAGGACCACAAGAUCCGGGCCUGGAGGAUCCGAAGUCAAGACCUGAACCUGAAUCAUCCGAACCAACAGAAGUAUUCCCGCUUGGCGACGAUGCCGACACUGGGCGACCGGGCGCUGGGGCUCCUGGCGCCGGAGAAGCAGGUCCAGGUCCGGAGGCACAAGAGGUGUGUGUGGGUGAGCCACGCCGACGUCGUCUCAGGGCUCGCGUUAUCGAGGGACGCAUCGCUCCUGUACUCGGUGUCGUGGGACCGGUCGAUGAAGAUAUGGCAGACCUCGGACUUCAGGUGCUUGGAGUCGGUCGGACACGCACACGACGAUGCGAUCAACGCCGUCGCAUCAUCUCCCGACGGCCGGGUCUACACCGGAUCAGCUGACAGGAAAAUCAAGGUGUGGAAGAAGGUCGAAGGCGACAAGAACCACUCCCUAGUCGCCACGUUGGAAGGGCACAAUUCUGGGGUCAACGCAUUGGCGCUAAACUCAGAUGGGUCGAUCCUAUUUUCCGGUGCAUGCGACGGAUCCAUAAUCGCUUGGGAGAGGGAAGACGAUGGCGACCAGAUGGUGGUCCUGCGCGUGCUUUUAGGCCACUCCAAGUCCAUACUGUGCUUAAAGGUCGUGGCCGAUCUGGUGUUCAGUGGCUCCGCAGACAAAACCAUAAGAAUUUGGAGAGGGUUUGAGAAGAACUACGCUUGCAUAUCGGUUUUGAACGGUCACCAAGGACCUGUCAAGUGUUUGGCAGCAGCAGUGGAUUGUGGCAGCUCGUCCAAUGCUUGUUUUGUGGUUUAUAGUGGGAGUUUGGACUCUGACUUGAAGGUGUGGAGGGUCACUGUUCCAUUUUUGUAAAGAGCAAAUCGAGUUCCCACUUAGGUUUGUUAUCUCUACCUUUCGUUCCUACUCUUCCUCCUCUUCUUUUGGGGGCCUUUGGUUAGAGGGGUUCUGAUGUAUAUGGUUGAUGACAUGUGAGCUCCCAUUGAUGUUUUGGGGGGUGUUCUAUGUUAUGGUUGUUCCAUUUUGCGGUCAGUCAAUUCGAACCAAAGUGUCAAUAGAGGUUUAAGGAAUAAUGGGUCAAAACUGUAAUUCAAUCCUGAGGUUUUUCCUACUUAUAUUGAUAUUCAAACCUUCGACUCAAA